CCGUCAGUUUCAGGGUCCAGUGCUGCUCAUAUUGCUUCUCUGGACUCCGAAUACUAUAACUAAAACUAUCUGAAUUAACAAUUUCGUGAAUAACAUAGGUCAUCUGAAUACUUACAAAUCGUGUAUGAAAAUCAUGGAGUGCAUGAGUGAUGCAGUCGAGUGGAAUAAAUAGUUUAUGUUAAUUAUGUAUGUACUUGUUGGUUGUCACCAUAUGGGAAGUGUUGUGAUCAAAAUGUACAUAUAUCAUCUGUGCAGUGUCUAAUUUUAAUUCACAAUUCCAUUUAAAAUUUUAAAAACACUGAACUGAAAAUUGCGAAACAUAAAUUAUUAUCUGUCUGAAAAUCACAUUUUUAUCCAUUCCUGUUUAUCUAUCCCAAAGUAAAUAUUUAAUUAAAUCGUUCACAAUUUCAAUUUUAUCGUUUAAUUAUUCAUUAUCUCUGAAAAGUUGGACCAGAGGGUUUGUUGUAUUCAGAAUUUAAAGUACUAACAAUAUGGCAGCUGGGGGAAAGCAUGCUGCCGUAAAUGCGGCGACGGCGACGCUGGUGCCAAUCCACAUAAAGACGGGAUUUGGGGGGAAGAGCAAGUUUCCUGGUCUGGAGGCCUUGUCGGGAGCGAGUGGAACCUUCAAUGUGAACUCCACGUGGGCGGAUAUAUUUCAAACCCACUUUGGCGUGACAAUCGACUCGGCGCGGUACUCGGUGCAGAGGGAGGCGAGAACUACUAUUGUCAAACACGACCCAAGGGAGCAGAUAAAAGUCCUGCUGAAGGAGUUUAAACAGAAUCGAACCCAUUUCAACGUCUUUGUCAUCCAGAAUAAGCGACUUCGCAACGACGAGGAGGGCGAAGUGGUCAGAACUCCACCAGUGCCACCACAGACUUGGACGACGACGAAUUCUACUAAUCCUAUAAUACCGAACAAGAUACAUAAAAGGGUUGUACCGAAAGUCAAAGAUACCGGGAAUAAACUUACACCACAAAAUGCGACCUCAAGAAAUAGUUCUACAGCGACCGGAUUUUCCCAUAGCUUUCCCGAAAAGAGAGUCGAUAGUCUCAUCCCAUUAAAUCGGUAUUCGCAACAAAGAUCCCCAAAUCGAGGGUCAGUCCAGAUUGAAGAGAGACAUACAUUUAUUCGAGACACGUAUCCACUUCCGGUUAUUAACUCGGUACGAAGUCUAGCUCCACUGGCUCCACAGCCACCACGACAGCAGCCUAGAAGCGUGCCAAUAAAUGGUCCUCCGGGAUUAAAUCGGGAGGAUCAGUAUAACAUCAACAGGGUCGACGAUGAUGCUCAGAGUAAUCAUUCCAAUGCCAGCCAAGACUCACAAGUCGAGGAUUUGAGAGAAAUGGGAAUUAUAGACGAGGAUAUCAAAUCGACUAUUUGCAGAAAGGCACGCAACAACUAUUCAAAUGUCCAGUUAUUAAAGUUGAAGCAUGAAAUGGAACAGUUCAAAAAGAAGAAUAGUCGGCGUUGGGUGAGAUGGACGAUGACCGCUCCGAUAACAACGCACAUUUUCCGAGAACUUUUUAGUAUUGACUGAAAGGGUGUGUGUAAUGUGUAUUUAUGUGUAUUUAUUUAGGAUGGAUGUGUAUAGCGUUAUGUCUUUUAGCUGUGUAACACAGUUAAAACUCAGCUCAAAAACAGUCUGUGUUUGAGUUAAUUUUAUCAAGUGAAUUUUACCACGAAUUACAAAGCAUUUUGUCUAAAAACUGACGUAAAUUUAUGAUAUUUUUAGUUGGUCAAUUUGUAUAAAUUUAUUUAUUUGUAGGAAAAUUUGUUUGUACUUCUACCUCAACGUAAAUUUUCAUGUUCUCGUAUGAAUCUUGGCCAUUGUAAAUCAAAAAUUAUAAAAAUACAUUCAUCUCACGAAUUUUCACAACAGCG